GAUCGACACCGUUCAAAAGCAAGUGGCACAAGACGGCAAAAAAAUAAAUAAACCACUUUAAUCAAAGCAUUAGAAUCAGCAAGUGAUGGAAGGAGGACCCCGUUGACAGAGGCAGACUCACAAUGACCCCCGAAAUAUGCAAUCUACAUCUGAUCUAAAAAGCACCACUCAACUAGUUCAAAGAGACCUGUCUGCUCAAGUAAAGUCUAACCAUGAACGAGAAGGAGGGUCGAUCGGCUCUGUUCUGAUCAGCUAAACAAGUCACGUUCUUUUUUUUUUCUUGUGUAAUUUUUUAUUUAUUUAUUUAUUUUUCUUUUUUGAGGGCAAAGAGAGAAGAGAAUCGUCAUGUUCAGGCAAAACUGUGAACUGAUGGCAGUUUGAGUGAAGAUGGCGUAUGUACAGUUGGAACCAAUAAAUGAGGGAUUCCUGUCUAAAAUCUCCGAUCUGCUGCUGUGUCGAUGGACGUGCAGAAAUUGCUGUCAAAAAUGCUAUGAAUGUAGCUGUUGCCAGUCGAGUGAAGAUGAAGUUGAGAUUCUUGGGCCUUUUCCGGCACAGACACCACCAUGGAUGAUGAGCAAUCGCAGUGAUGAAAAGGAAGGGGAUUCAGAUAAUGCUGCAAGUGAACCUCCACCAACGCCACUGGACACUUCACCUGACAGACGCAGGUCAUCUUCUGACACAUCCAGGUCUACUUACAGUCUCACGAGGCGUAUUUCAAGUUUAGAAUCAAGAAGACCAAGUUCUCCAUUGAUUGAUAUAAAACCAAUUGAGUUUGGUGCAUUGGGAUCAAAAAAAGAAAGCAUACAACCUACAGUUCUGAGAAAAACAUACACCCCAGAAGACUAUUUUAGAAAAUUUGAACCACGUCUUUAUUCCCUCGAUUCCAGCAAUGAUGAUGCAGACUCAUUAACUGAUGAUGAAAUCCUAACUAAAUAUCAACUAGGUAUGCUGCAUUUUAGUACUCAGUACGAUCUAUUGCACAACCACCUGACUGUCCGGGUGAUCGAGGCCAGAGACUUGCCACCUCCCAUAUCUUAUGAUGGUUCAAGACAAGACAUGGCUCAUUCAAACCCAUAUGUGAAGAUAUGCCUCUUACCAGACCAGAAGAAUUCUAAGCAAACAGGCGUCAAGCGUAAAACUCAGAACCCAGUAUUUGAGGAACGAUACACUUUUGAAAUACCCUUUUUAGAAUCCCAAAGAAGAACUUUGCUUCUAACUUUAGUGGAUUUUGACAAGUUCUCCCGUCACUGUGUUAUUGGAAAAGUCUCAAUGCCUUUAAAUGAGGUUGACCUUGUCAAAGGAGGGCACUGGUGGAAGGCCAUUAUACCAAGCUCCCAGAAUGAAGUUGAGCUGGGAGAAUUACUUCUGUCUCUUAACUAUCUGCCAAGCGCUGGAAGAUUAAAUGUGGAUAUUAUACGAGCAAAACAACUUCUUCAAACAGAUAUGAGCCAGGGAUCUGAUCCCUUUGUGAAAAUCCAGUUAGUACACGGGUUGAAAUUAGUGAAAACCAAAAAGACAUCCUGUAUGAGAGGAACCAUAGAUCCUUUCUACAAUGAGUCCUUCAGCUUUAAAGUCCCGCAGGAAGAGCUUGAGAACGUCAGUUUAGUUUUUACUGUUUAUGGACACAACAUGAAAAGCAGCAAUGACUUUAUUGGAAGAAUAGUGAUUGGUCAGUAUUCAUCAGGUUCCCCCGAAACCAACCAUUGGCGACGGAUGCUGAGUGCUCAUCGGACAGCGGUUGAGCAGUGGCACAGCCUGAGGUCUCGGGCUGAGUGUGACAGAGUGUCCCCUGCCUCAUUGGAAGCAACGUGAAAGCCAAUAUGAGUGAUGUCACAACAGUUACGCAAAAUAACCACCGUGGCAUUCGGAACAACUUGAGCUGCUUGUAAUUAUUUAGCAGCAUAAGCCUAUGUGCCUCGGUAUAUAAUCAUGAAGAUGCAACUCAUCUGUUACAUGUUCAUCGUAUCAGUUAGUUUUGAUGAUGUUGGACAUGCUGAUUAAUAUUAUUACCAUCAUGGCCAGCCUUGCGCACACAUUCACACAUUCAUUCAAUGUCUUAUAAUGUACGCCAGUGUUUCAGUGAAUGUAACUCAAUUUCACAUUGUGAAUUGACUUAAAGGAAAAUUACAGAUCAACACUAAGUGUGGUCUUAUACAAAAGAGUAUUUUUUAACAUUUACAAUAUGUUACUAAGAUGUACAUAGCUUGCUUGAAUGUUAAAUAUUUGCAAUAGAAUGUGCAGUUUUCAAAAGAAAUGGGGGGAUAAUUUCCUUUGUCUUCAACAGUCAGCUUAACAGACUUGAUGAUUGCAGAGAUCUUACUGGAGAUCAUGAUAUAGAAAAGUUUACGUACGAAAUGAUCACGAAUGAUGCAUACUAAUUCAUAUUGGCAAAACCUGUAAAUUAAGCUUUGAGUUUAUUUUACAUAGCAGCUAGAUGAUUGGUCAGCUCUAGAUAGGCUUUUGAAUAUCCCUACCUCCCACAAGUCCACUACACAUUCCACUUUGAAGAAUAUAUUGAAAGAUGUGUGCUAAUUUGUCAGUGUGCUAAAACAAGUAUAAGAUAUAUAUAUAAAAAACAACAUUAAUUCUACAGUAUGCGACAUAAUUAUAAAAUGCAGUUUUGUCCUCGUACGAGUUGAGUACCUGUUAAUACAUGUGUGUGCAAGUAUGUUUGUGCAAGUCUGUAUAUAUA